AAUAAGACGAAUGCGAGAUAAUGUAAUGAAAAUGUUCGACGAUUUGGAACGUUCCGUUGCUAAGGACGCUGAAUCAUUUAAGACAGAAACACUCGAUAAGCUGACAAAGAAGCAGUCUGACAACGAGAAACAUAUUGCUGAUGCAACAAAAUCUCUGGAAACAAUUGAUAACGUUCAUCAGAACGGGACGCCAUCACAACAGUUUAUAAUGGAAAGUAGAAUGAAGAAACAAGUCAACGAACUUAGCAGCAACGUUGACAAGGAAUGUCAAAGGUUGGAGACCGUGACUAUUUCAUUUGAUUUUGAUGAAACAUUGAAAUUGCCCCCACUUCCGAUUUCUGAUUACAUUCCGGGGCAACUGACAUUAAAAUACUCCGUACCGGAAGCUGUAAAGCCUAUAACAUCUUUAGAUCCGAUUGUUAAGUUAACGAAGGUUACUUCCAUUGAUCUGAAGCAGACUGGAAAUGAUGUCAAGGAACCAUUAUACUCAGGACUGGAUUUCCUACCGGAUGGUAGACUGGUUGCCGUGGAUAAUUUCAACAAGAAAUGUUCGAUUUACAAUGAGAAGCUUGAGAAAGUAGGAUUAUUUCAGUUAUCGUAUAAUCCACAGAGUGUAGUUGCUGUUUCUGAGGAGGAAGUUGCGAUAACAAGUGGUAGGUACAUGACGAUAGACUAUCUACGUGUCAGUAACUCUAAUGAAAUAACUUUGAUCAGGACAUGCAAAGUAAAGACAAAGUAUGACUCUAUAUGUCUGAAAGAUGAGGGAAACUUUGUUGUUGGAACUUACGAUGAUACAAGGCCUGUUCGUGUUGUAUCUCUGUCAGGAGAAGAGAAAGAUUUCAGUAUCAACUUUUCAAACAAGAAAUAUCCUCAUGACACUAGUGCUUGUACAUAUAUUAGAAUCAGUGAUAAAGUGGUUCUCACCGAUACUGACGAGGAUACUGUAUUCAUAUAUGACAUCAAGAGCAACACAAGAGUUGUUGUCAAGGACGACCAGAUCAAGGAACCACGUGGUGUAGCAGUAGGUCCAUCUCACUGUAUCCUGGUUUGCAUUAAAAAGACAGAUUCCAUUCUACAGAUCUCUCAAACAGGACUCCGACAAUCUAAACGUACGAUGGUUGGAAUUUCUCAGGAACAGACGUACACUGGAAAGAAUAAUAUGAAAUCUAGACUGGUAUCAACAGAAACCAAAGACAACAGCAACGCUAAAAUUUCCCGGGGAUCCAAAGGUCCCGACCCGUAUUGAAAAAAAAAAAAAAAAAAAAAACAAGCAAAAAUGUUUUGUUAGCCAAAGGCAUUGCUAAAGAACUUUCUGAAAUGAAGAUGAAUUAUUAAAUUGUUAGCUUAAAUGCUUUUGUUAAAUAUUCCGACGGUACGUUUGUUCUUUUAAAUGUAUAUAUGCAUGCCUUGUUAUAAUUUAAAUAUUAUCUGCACUAAUCGCAGAAAAAUAGGUCUGUCUCAUUGGCCGAGUGGUUAAGAUCACUUGUCCCUCAUCGAUUUGGGUUCGAAACACCGCGUGGGGUGUGGAUUUUUUCAACUGAGGAAGACAUACAACUGGCUUACGUAAGGUCGUUGGUUCUACCUAGGUGCCCGUUUCUAAUACUAAACACUUUGUAGCUCUUAUACACAGAAAAUCCAGUUAUGAACUGAUUUAACAAAACUGUUUUUACAAAUAUUCGCAAACAUUUUUCCAACUAAGCUUUCAGUAAAGUGCAGGAAUUUCUGUGAGCAUGCGCAGACUAUUCCUGUUGCACUAUGAUGAAAGAUUAUUCUAUACAUACGCCAAAUAUCCAACAAAACGAUUUUUGCAUAUUUUAGUAAGAAUAGAAUUAUAUACGGUACGCACAUACCCAAUUGCUCAGCAAUCUGCGGUUCCAUUUCAUGGUCGCAGAAUGUUUUGCUAAUGUCCGGUGGCAGAUUCUUGAUAUUGUGAAAAAUUCAUACCUGUAAUUAUGACCAGUGGUUAUAACAAGAAAUAUAUUUUAAAAAGAUAUUCGGCCUUGGUGAAGAUUUAAUGUAUUAUAAUCAUGUUGGAUUGCAGUAUAGAUACAGAAUUAGUUAUUCUUUCAUAUUAUGCAUGCUUUUCAGCAAUGUCCUGUUUAACUAUGUGAAUUUCAACAGAUUUCCGUGCGACACUCCAAUGUUCCAACACUUGUUUAAGCAAA